GGUGAUAGCAAGGCACAGCAGACUCACAACACUCGAUCGCACUUCAAGACAAGAUUUUUACCAAUUUUCUCGAGCAGAUCACUGAUGUAAGCAAUUUAUUGCUGAUCUAUUUGAAGAUUUUGAGGAACAAAAGGGCAGAAUGACCGCGCCAAGGAUGUAUACAGCCGAAACGGAAAAACUAUUGAAAGAUAAAGGGCUGCGAUGUGUCUGCGAAUUAUGCGAUUGUGGCGGAUACCAUCCUCACAUUGGCUGCACAAAGGAACCACAGAAAAUGAAAUCAGUAUUUAAGCGACCAGGACUGGCAGAAGCUAAAACUAACUAUCAAAACACCUACACUUCACACGAUGGAGCUAAACCUCGCAAUACAAGAAAGCCACUCCCGCGCCUGAGGAACCCUAAACCUCCCCCCAUGGACUUCAGAACGGUACAGAGAAUGGAGUUUAUCCCCAGGAAAUCUGAACCUCAAGGAAGCUGUAAGAUGGCGGAUGAAUACAAGCCAUCUGACGAGAAACUGGAUGGAAAGACAAUCUAUGCGCAAGAGUUCGUGAACCGUGGCCCUCCAGAGAUGGUGAAGAUAACACGACCAAGAACAGUCACGCAAAAUCAGGGACUAAAAUUUCAGUCGGCCACCACUCACAAUCAAACGUUCACACCCAAAGUGCCCAUCCUACAAGCACCGUAUGGUGAACUACCUUGUUACACAGGGGGAAUCCUGUAUCCUGAGAAAAACGAAAGAUAUGACGUCAAAACCUGGAAUCAAGACGUCUACCGUGGUAAAUUUGCGGCGCGUCCCGACGCCUUCAAGCCUCAGGGAGCGCAAGUGACCAUUGGUAUUGAAGGCGACCACCUCUUACAAACAGUUCAUAGGGAUGCUUACAAGACGCCAACGAAAGACGCCAGGCCGGAAAUGACCGUUCGUCAGCCGACGCUGAAGACCCAAAAACGCGCUAAGUUUCAGAGCGAAACUCAAGCUAAGAGUGACUUCCCAGGUUUUGGCGCGAAAAUGCCAUUGCCACCGAAACCUGUUACACCACCACCCGCCACUCUCCGAUUGGCCAUGGACAAGGGACGUGAUUUUGAAACAACCAAUAAUAGCUUUUACAAGAUCACGUGGGAUCCGAGGAAAAUUGAACGCACGAAGACUCUGAAGCCAGAUAGCGACGAGUAUGUACCACCCGAAACGAAAUUUGCAACCACCACCAUUACCAAAGAAGAUUUCAAAGAAAAAGAACCCGUAAAAGUCACGAAGAUAAGGCCACCCUCCAAAAUCGAGCCAAAUAAAGCGAAAUUCUUCGACGAAACAGCCUACAACGCCCAGUUCAAACCAUACAGCAAAGUUCCUUACAUCCGCUACGGGGAUUUCCACGAGACGAACUUUUACCGCAAGCCUCUUGUGAAAUUCUGUACAGACGGAUCAGUGACAACGCAAGAUUUUAAGGGGGCUGAAGGUGGACGGCCGCGCACUUGUAUCAAACCAGAAGAGAGGUUUGAAAAAUCACACGAAAAGAUGGAUGGUGCAACAGUUUACAGCGAGGCGUAUAAUCGCAAGAAGCUCCCGGACUGUUCGUAUUUAGAAUGGAUGAGCAAGCACUUGGCGAAAAAUGCUUUGGCUACUGUAUGACAACUUACACAUACACAACAAGUGGAAGGGAACAAUUUCAUUUCAAGAAUUUAAUUUUUUUUUUACCGUAUAGUAAUGUGAUAAAUAUAUCAAAACAUGAUCAUAUAUCUAAUGAAUUUUGCGCUCUAGAAAUAAUAAAAUUAUUAAAAUUAUCAUCAUUUUAUUUGUAAAUAGUUAAAACGAAAUCUCGCAAACUUAAGUGUCAAGGUCGUACUGUUUUCAAGACUGAAAUACCGGAGAAAAUGCAAACUCCACGUAACUUAACAUUAUCUUUUUUAUUUGCAAAAGAGUUCAAGAACAGGAGAUAAAAUUAAAAACAAAAUGUCGGCUUCAUAACAAAUCAAUCAGGAUUCUGAAUGAAGUUGCGGUUCUCGCUUAUUUCAUGUUACUUCUUCCCCGCAACAGUUAAUCCGGUUCGUGCGCGUUAACACUUCUUAUAGAAAUUUUUAGGGUUCCUGGUGGUCUUACGAUCCCAGGCCCUUGCUUGUAGGACCUCACUUCCUAAACAGAGUGGUUAAGAAUAAAAAGAAGGCCCAUGGUCUGACUGAAUAUCCCCAGGUAUCACACAAGGCAACAGCCUGUGUUUGUUUAAAAAUUGCAUUUUAAUGAUUAAAUAUUCGUGCCCAACAUUUCAUAACACUCGGGUUGCAUAAUGUUGCAAAUAUAUAUUUUUUCUUUUUUACCGAAAUUUAAAUAAACUAAUCAUCGUGACAA